AUACUGAGUAAAAUGCCUUUCUGCAGUAUUACAAAUGUGUACAAAGUUCCAAAGUGAAAAGAAGGGAGAAAUGAGAGCUCUAGCAGGAAACAAAGGGAUCAGCCUCUGAGUUUGGAAAUUUUAGUGGUCAGAUGCCAGGAAUGCAGAUGCAAAUGGGACAGUCAGUGCCAGGAACAGGGCCAGCUGUGCCCCCUGGUGGAUACCCUGGAUACCCACCGUAUCCAGACAGUUAUUCCUCAGCAGGAGAUCCCAUGUGGACGUACUUCACUGCUGUUGCUGGACAGGAUGGUGAAGUGGAUGCUGAAGAACUUCAGAAAUGUUUGACACAGUCUGGAAUCAGUGGAACUUAUUCUCCCUUCAGUUUGGAAACCUGCAGAAUUAUGAUUGCCAUGUUGGAUAGAGAUUACACAGGAAAAAUGGGAUUUAGUGAAUUCAAAGAACUUUGGGCAGCUCUUAAUGCCUGGAAGCAAAACUUCAUAGCUAUUGAUCAAGAUCAGAGUGGCACAAUAGAACCUCAUGAACUGAAUCAAGCCAUUGCUGCUAUGGGUUAUAGAUUGAGUCCUCACACAUUAACUGCUGUUGUUAAACGUUAUAGCAAGAAUGGCAGAAUCUUCUUUGAUGAUUAUGUUGCUUGCUGUGUAAAGCUUCGAGCAUUGACAGAUUUCUUUAGGAGAAGAGACCACUUGCAACAAGGGGUUGUGAAUUUCGUAUAUGAUGAUUUUUUGCAGUGCACUAUGACAAUUUGAAUAUCUGAAAUUUGAAAGGUGAAGAAAUACUGUGAAUUUUUCUGCUUGGAAGAAAUGAACUGGAUCCCUUUGAAUUAACACUUUUGGGGCUUUUCCAUAUUCCUACCUGUUAAAUCUUUUCCUUUUCUAUGUGUUUUUACUUUAGCACACAGUUCAAAGCAAUAAAAGAGAUGUUUUUGUAUUUGAGAUAUUAUUGCUUUUAGAAAAGUUAUUGCUCUAUAGAUAUCUGCAUAAUGUAAUAAAAUAUUGGUAUGAUUAAUUGAUAUAAAUAUCUCCUAGCCUUAAUUUUUAAUAAUAUAAACCUAGAGGAAUGUACUUACAAGAUAGAUUAUAUAGGAAGCCAAAUGAUGAAAGCCUAGAUAAAACUAAUGUAUACUUAUCUGAAGGUUACAAAUUAUACUUUGAAAUUUUGUUUGUAGUUGGUGUUUCAGGGUGAGCUAGAAGGGGAAUCCUGGAUUUUGUGCUGUAUUUGUAAUAGGGUUUGUUCUUUGAUCACAUAAUCAGAAAGCAAAGUCUUCACAGGUCUUUGCCUGUGAAGAAGAAAAUUAUAGUUCCUAAGAUUUUAUUUUAAAUCACCUUAGGUGGACCAUAAAAUAAUCUAUAGUGAAAUAAGACUACAGGAGGCAAUAUUUUUUCUGUUUUCAUUUUUGCAUUGUAUAUUUUUCUUCAAUGUUUUGUUGUCUUCUAUGGAAAAAAAAUUCUUAAUAAACAACUUUUCUCUCUGCA